UUAUUUUUAACAAAAGGGUUUUAGAAUUUAGAGCAAACACUAAUAUUUUUGCAGGUAAAAAAGCUGAAGGCUAUGUUUCUAUUCUAAUGCUUUUGAUGCCAAAAAAAGGAAAAGUUAGAAAAUUGAAAGCUUUGAUAUCAUUUAACUCACUUUGUGGGCAGUGAUGUUUCAUCUUUCUGGUCAAAGUUCAUAUCUUUAACUUCUUAUUGCAUUCUGGGUUUUUUAUUUUCUUCAUUUGUUGGAUUAAUGAAUGGGUGUUCUUUUUGGUUUGAUUUUGUGAUGUGAAAAAUGAAAUCUUUGAGCAGUGUAGGGCUUGGUUUAAGCAUAGUAUUUUGUUGCCUUUUUUUAGCUUUGAUUAUUGAGUUAUAUUACUUGUUAUGGUGGAAGAAGAGAUUAACAAGCACAAGGGAUAUUGAAAAUGAUUACAACAAUCCAGCAAGUGAGCUCUUUUAUAUGUUUUGUUGGAAGAAGACAGCUUUGAAUCCUCAAGAAAUCAGAUUCCAAGAUCAACAACAAGACCAAGAUUUGUUCUUCAAGCCCUUUGAUGAUGGUGUUGACGAUGAUGAUGCUGAACAUGAUGAGGAUGGUGAUGAUGAUGUGAUAGGUCCAAGAAGGUUAUUAUUCACAAUCAUUGAAGAAACAAAAGAAGAUUUAGAAUCAGAAGAAGAUUUAAAUAGUUUAAUGAUGCCACCAUCGUCAUCACCUCCCCCAAAGUUCAAGUUCUUACAAGAAGCUGAAGAGAAACUUCGUAGGAAGAUGACAUUCGUGGGACAAGUUCAUAACAAUGGAGGUAGUGAUAGUCAUCUUUCUCCUACAUUGAAGCAUCUUAAAGAUGAAGAAGAUGGGUCAUUUAUCACUAUCAUUGUUGAUAAGAACAAAGAAAACAGGGUUUGAAAAAUCACAAUCAAAGGUAACUUUUCCUCUUCGUUCUUCUUCUUCUUCCUCUUCUUCACCAGCAAUGGCAAUUUCCAUUUAAAUUAACAAUAUUUUUAGAGUUUUUUUUUUGUGACCAACCAAAAUUUAAAACUAAAAAUUCCCAUUUUUUUUAGUUGGAGGGGGAUUAGUGGGGUUUUUUGUUUUUAUUUCAAUCUCCAUUGUCUCCUUAGCUGUUUGGUACUUUGUAUUCAUUUCUAUGAAUGAAUUCAUUUUACCGAUGUUCUUUAUUCA